UGCAUGUGCGCAGUUUGGUGUUAGUUCGAGGACAUCAUUUGGCUCUUCUCCUUGUACGUGUACGACUGUUAUAAUCAUUAUUUUGAGGAAAAAUUAGUGCAAUAUUUUGCACUGACAUUGAUCGUUUCGUUUGGCACAUGACGACGUAAACUCGAUCAAAUAUUUUAUCGUAAUAAUUUACGAAGGCAAAGAGAGAAUAAAAGGGACAGAAAAAUGACUAUCAUCACGAAAGCAAUCAGUGAGAAGAAGGCGUCGGAGAAAAUGGAGCAGCCAUUGUUUGUAGAAGAAACUACUGCGGAUUCUUCAAAAACUGAUCCUGAGGCUCAAGUCCAAAAACCAGAUGUGGGUAGACAUUAUUUUGUUGCACGCAGAAACAUUCAUAGAAUUCACGUGACCGCUACGUUCUCCUUGUUCCUUAUUGCAUUGAUGAUAUUAAUAAUUGGUGUAAUAGGGGGUCUUUACAUAUAUAUACAAUAUGCCAGAGCACAAAUACAUAGAUUCCGUACUGGAUGGUAUAGCAUUCCAUAUGAUAAAGCACCAUAUGGUGGUGAUACUAUGCAUCAGGCAAUCAUAGCCGACUCAAAUUUAUUCAAGAGUUUAACUAAAGCCACCGAACAAGAAGCAAUGGAUCUUGAAAGAAAUGUAGACAAUAAUAUUAAGAGUUUUCUUAAAGAACGAUUUGAAAUUGAUCUUGAAAAUGAACAUUAUGAAAAGAUUGAUGUGCCAGAUUUUCGUGGUGGUCGUCAAGGACGUUUUAUACACGAUUUUAAUAUUAAUAAAACUGGAAUUAUAGAUAUCGAUGGUCGUUGCUGUUUUGUUAUGCCAUUGAAUCGUCAAAGAGUUUUACCACCGCACAAUUUGUACGAUCUUCUUAGAAAAAUGUUUAAUGGUUAUUAUGAAGUCGAUACAGAUAUUGUACGUGAAACUAUGAAAGUUGUUACUCCACCUAUUACCGAUAUGUCCACUGUGGGAACAUACAUUGCACGUGAAUGCCAAAAUUUGCCAACAUAUAUGUUAAAAAAAGUGAAUCCUACUGUUGUUAAAAGGGAAGCAUCAAGCGGUAUUUUUGCACAAUUCGCUGGCAAAGAUAUUGUAGAAGUUGAUAUUUUGAAUCUGAGUGAAUUCCAUAAGUAAACACACAAAGGAAUUUACAUUUUUUAGGCAAUUAAGACUCAGUAGAUUGGUGUAAAAAAAUAAAAAAAAAAAUAAAAAAAAAA